CUCCUCUCUCUAAACAGCUCUACUUUCUCUCCAAUAUCUUAAAAAGGAAAAUAAAAAAAUCUCUCUUUUUUCUUUAAAAAAAAAUUUUUCAUUUUUCCUCUUCUUCGACCAAACCUAAAUGCACACGCAAUCACCAUAAAAAGGAAAAUUCUGCAGCCAUUAGAUCAUGUCACGUUGCUUUAAUCUCUACCGUCGACGCCUGGACUAGCAAUGCCGGAGAUAUUAUCCAGUGCAUGCAUAAGCAUUUGUCAGAUUUGCAGUAGAGCCAGCCAAUGGGCGCGAUGAUCAAUUUUGUUGAUAAUAAAGAAACUGGGUUUUGAGAAGGGAAAGGAUUCGUUUCGUAGUAUGUCUGAAUUGGUGGCCCGCACAGGUCGACAUCAGCAGCGGUACGAGGGCGGUUGUCGCCUUGUCGCUGGGUGUAUUCCUUUUAGGUAUAGAAAUGACGAUGAAAAUGAUGAUGCUGAGGCUGAGAAGCUUGUUGAGGUUCUUAUGAUCAACUCAACUAGUGGACCAGGCCUCCUUUUUCCAAAGGGAGGGUGGGAGAAUGAUGAAACUGUUAAAGAGGCUGCAGUGAGGGAAGCCAUCGAAGAAGCUGGAGUUCGAGGCGACCUAAUGGAUUUCAUAGGGAAUUAUCACUUCAAGAGUAAAACACUCCAAGAUGAGUGUUGCCCGGAAGGUCUAUGUAAAGCUUCAAUGUUUGCUUUGUUUGUCAAGGAGGAGCUUCAGUCAUGGCCAGAACAGAGCACCAGAACGAGAAGUUGGUUGACUAUAUCUGAAGCAGUUGAGAAUUGCCGACAUAAAUGGAUGGAAGAGGCUCUGAAGCAAUUCUCUAUAUGGCUUGAAGAUAAGAUGUAAACUACUGCAAACAAUCCACUUAAUGAAGAUUGAUUUUCUGUGUGCAUAAAGCAAAACUUUAUGCUCACAGAUUCUUGAUAGAUGUUGCUGCAAUUUUCUUCAUCUCUUCAGAGAAUCAGAAUAGUUGCAAAGUUUUAGGAUUACCUAGCUUUUUUUUUUUUAUGUUUUCAGAGUCCUGUUUCAUGUUACUGACCUCUUGGCAUUUUAAUCCAUCACCAUUUGUUC